AUGCAUACAUUUAAUUUUUCAGAUAAAAAGUUCCUGGUUUUCUUCUUCAGUCGCCUGCAGAUGAAUCGGAGUGGGCGUUAUAGGGAGGAUUUUCCCUUCCUGUCUCUGUGUGGUAGAGAGAGAAACUUCCUGCGCUGCGACGACCGACCGGUGGUUUUCACCCACUUCCUGCAGGACGCAGCAGGAGACCAGGAGCUGCUGUCGUAUUGUGGCGGUGCUGAGAAGCUCUUCGUUCCUUUCCAGCCAGAGGCUCUGUACAUGCAUCCUGUCAGCGGUCGGGUUUAUCAUCCCGGCCCUGAGCGCUUGGGCAGGGUCGGAUUGGUCCGCUCAGCCAUGGCCAUAGAACUCAGCUCCAGCUUUGUUUAUCCACCAGAAAGCAGCCAAUCAGGACAGCCCACACACGUUCUGUGGAAAGGACAGAUGCACAGACUGACCAAUGAACUGGCAGGGUGCUUCACAGCAGGAGAGGAGGCAAAUUCACACCAGGAGGAGCUGGGUUAAUAUAAGAAAAUGGUAGAGAUGUAUUUCAAUUUAAAACAAAUAAAAGAUCUAAGUUUUCCUCUCUGAUGAGCUGAAACUGAGGCUUUAAUCCAAUCCUCUAGGUUCUUGUUUUCAGAUAACAUCUCUUGUUACACUGUUUGCUUCCACUUAGGUUUUAGUCCAGAGCCAGAAGCAGAAAUUGGAAAAUAUGACGAUGGAAAUUUUUUCAUGUUUUUUUCCCCCCCCGUGUUUCCAGAUACGUUAUUUUGUAAAAAGAUUACUGCUUGAUGGCUGCAAAAGUCACAAAAAAAAAAUGAAAUUUACACCUUGAUCUUUCAAAGGUGCUGGAUAAAUGUAUUAGGAAAGAAACAGGAGUUAAACAGCAUUUAAACUGAUAAAGAUGUGGAGACUCAAGAGCAAUGGAAGAAGAUCAAAGUCAUCUAUUAAUAAUGAUUUUAAUAAUUAAACUUGAUGAGAUGUGGGUUUGCUGAUAAAUGAAUGGGACAAUGUUAUGUCUUGGAAUCAAUUUGGAAAAUAAUUUUUUCAUCCUUUUAAAACCUGCUCUCUCAUUUGACUGGAAAAGAAACUGAUUAAAAUAAAAGACAUGGAGGAGGAUGAGAUGGUGGUCUGUAUUCACUUUGAGCAGAUGGUGUUAGUAAAGGCAGCAGCCACAGAUCUGUUAGGUAAAUAUACAAAUAUCAACACCAAUAGAUGUCGGAUUCCAUAUUUGAUGUAAAUCUCUGAUCUUUGUGUUAAACACUUUAAGAUCUGAGCCUGUCAGG